GCCCUCGACAUGCAGCUGCAGACGACAGCAGCCAAGAACAAGCGCAAGAAGAUGCUGGCGGCCAUGGAGUCGCUUUCGAUUGACGUCAAGAAGACGGUGACCGUGGUCAACCAGGCAUCGUUGCUGCAGGCCGCGCAAGUGCGCCUGCGCGACGCGACGCUAAUUGGUCUCCACACGGAGCCGGCGAUGACGACGCGGAAGCCGGAGGAGCCCGUGUCCGUCGUCGUGCUUGCGAUGCGCGAUGCGAACGGCGUCGAAGAGGUGUUUCUCUGGGACCUCCUCGCGCUCGACCCCAUGGACUGCGACGACGCGCUCGCCGGGCUCUUUGCAUCGCCUCACGUUGUCAAGCUGGGCCAUAGCAUUCUGCCGACACUGCAGGCGCUCCACGAGGCGUACCCGUCUGCCACCUGCUUCCAUAAGCUCAGCCACGCGGUGGAGGUGAACGCGCUUUUGCAGCAGCUCUCCCACUCGGCGGUCUUCUUGAGCCUCGAGAAGCUCGUGACGGUGUGUUUGCGCCGGCGCCUGCCCAAGGCCCCGCACGCCGAGUGGCACCUGCGGCCGCUCUCGGUGCCGCAGCGCACCCGCGCGGCGCUCGACGCGCUCGCACUGCUCUGGCUCCACGAUGCCAUGGUCGGCCACCUCGACGGCACGUUGGCGUCACUCAGCACGACGUACGACGUUGGCGGCAAGGCCAAGGUGGCCUGCGCGCUCUGCAAGCGCAAGUUCAAGUCCCCCAUGGCGCUGAGCCAGCACGCGACGACGUGCGUACCCAAGCCCAAGGUCGAGCUCCACUGCGCCAAGUGCACGCAUGUCUUCCGUAGCGAAGCAAGCCUUGUGCGCCAUCAUUGCGUCCCGCCCAAGGUCGCGGACCACAAGUGCACGGUGUGCAGCCGCGCCUUCUCGACCAAAGUCGGCCUCGAGCACCACGCCGCGACGCACCAGCAGCAAGAACCAGUGGCGGAGCCCAAGACGCCCAAGAAGAAGAAGCUCGCGUGUGGUCGCUGCAACCGCAAGUUCAAGACACACGCGUCGUUGAAGCGCCAUACGGAGAGCUGUGAUGCUGCCACGCCCAAGCCAGUGACAGUCGAUGCGACCAAGCCCAAGGUUGUCGCAGCCAACAAAGUCGAAGCUACCAAGGCCCAGGAGCCCACAAAGAUCGAUACUGCCAAGCCUGUGGCUGCAGCGCCGGUGGUCAAAGUGGAGGCUGUGAAGCCCAAGGAACUAGUGGCGAAGACGGAGGCCGUCAAGGCCAAGAGCCCCGCCGUGCCCACCAAGUCGACAACAACCGCCCAUGUGGUGGAGGCAAUCAAGACGGAAGAAGCUUCAGCUCUCUUGGCACCGACGCCAAAGGCUCAGGCGCCGAAGCAGUCGGUUGCGGCACCGGCCCCGAAGAAGGUCGAGCCCACGAAGCCCAAGGCGGUCCCGGUGGUUGCGCACAAAGCAGAGGCUCCCAAGCAAAAGGCCACUACCAUCGCCAAGAAAACACCCCCCAAACAACCCAAGAGCGCUGCUUCGGUUGCAAAGCCGACGGCGGUCGUUGAGAGCGCCGACUUCCUCUUGGAUGCACCAGCGUCCCAUGACGCUGUCAGCUACCGGUACCUCCUCAACGUCGGCGUCAACCUCCACGCUGUGAACCACAUCGCGCCGAGCAGUGUCACGAGUAUUGCGGCGGCGGCCAAGCCAGUGCAGCAAGGGUCGAGCGUUGCACUCAGCCCCGACUCGAACCACGACUACCUCCUCGAGUCCUCGGUGACGCACGAUGCGGUGGCGUAUCGCUACAGCCUUGGCCUCACGUCGCAGCCCGUGGAGUAG